AUGGAAAAAGCAUACAGAAAGGAAGAUUUUGAUAAAUUAAUGGCUAAGGUUGUGAAAGUUGAUCAUAGGAUGAAGGAUUACUUUGAAGAUGCUGGUUAUGAGAAGUGGUCAAGAGUUCAUUCAAUCAUAAACAGAGGUAGAAUGAUGACUUCGAACAUCAUUGAGUGUAUCAAUGGAUACCUUGUCGAUGCACGUAAGUUAUCUAUAAUAGACUUCUUGGAGGAAGCUAGACUUCUAUUUGGUAGUUGGAACUAUAAAAAUAGAGAAAUAGCGACAUAUAUAAAGGACACAUUGGGCCGAAGAAUUGAGGAGAUAUUGAUUGUAAACGCAUCUAAAAGUUCAAAGAUGAAGAUAUUUAUCAAUUUCCCUAAAAAUAUGUUUCAUGUUGUUCCAUCAUAUGAAUAUAUUUUCACAGUUCAUGAAGCCGGAAGAAGAUACAUUGUAUGCCUUGAGAGGAAAACUUGCACAUGUGGAAGGUUUCAACAUGAUGAGAUACCUUGCACACACGCAAUUGCAGUUUUGAAGCAUGAGAAUGUUACAAAUUUGCACCCAUAUUGCUCUGAUUACUACAAGCCGUAUGCAUUAGAAAAAAUGUACGAGGUUGCAAUGGUUCCAAUGCCAGAUAAGGAGGAUUGGAACAUUCCAGACUAUGUUUUAGAUGAAAUUGUCUGGCCACCUAGGUAUAGAAGGUUGUUUGGACGACCAAGAAAGCGAAGAAAGAAAAAUGCGGAUGAGAAAAUAACAGUGAACAAUAAUUCUUCUGGGCAAUGUGCACAAGAAGGACAUAACAGGAGAACUUGUACUUUCUUCCAGAAAGAGAAUUGA